GACCGUCAAUGAUAUAGAACCAUGGCGGGUCUAGUCGACCUCCCAAUCGAGCUACACCUUGUCGUCUUGUCCUUCCUCCCCCUCCCAGCUCUUCUAGCUGCACGCAACACAUGUCAGCAUUGGCGUCACCUCGUCCCCCUGGCGCCACUACCCCACACGCGUCGCAAGCUCCUUUGUCUGUUCGACACCCUCUGUACAAUUCCCUCCUUCGAAGUCUCGAGACGCACGGCCAAGGGGCACCUGCAAUCGGACUUCGGAGACGCGGCCCGGAGGUCGUAUGUAGCUUCCUUGCCGAAGGACACAGGAGACGAGUUCAAGACCUGGAUACUCGAAUGGCCAGACGACGCGGUCGUCGCCGCUCUCUGGCCCGCUCUCGACAAGUCCUACAACAUGAGCAACACCACCUUCCCCCACCGCCUCGACAUCUGUAACCGCAUGCCUACCCCAUCAUAUGCGCCGCAGACGCACACCCUGUCGCUUUCGCUCUACGCUGAGCGCGGCUGCGGCCCCGCGAACGUGGUCGCGCUGCCUCUGUUCGACGAGGGCAACGGCUGGACGCAUUGGGUUGUGUUGUCGGGUGAGCAGGAGAUGCUCGACGCCCGUGGUAAAAACACGCGCAUCGACCUGCGCGGCGCCGUCUUCAGCAAGAUACGUAGUGCCGAGGCCGACGAAAGAUACGCAGGAUUCCUCGAGUCGCCGUCACCCUCGGACUGCCCGUCUUCCGUCAUUACCUCCCCUCGACCCGACUCCGGCUCCCACUGUCGUUGUCCCGAAGAGUCUUUGCUGUCUCCUGCUGGCCCAGAGACCUGGGGUCCGUGGUAUCGUUAUCUGGAGCAGGAGACAAGAAAAUUGCAGACGUCUAUGGAGGAGUAUGGUGCUUGGUGUGGAUGCCUCAGCUGUCGGACUUCCUGAUCUUACUAAUUAAUCUCUAAGUCUGCUGUAAUUUCCUCCACUCGCCAGAUUUUCUUCGUCUCCAGUUCUCACUGCUCACGUCCGUGUACCACGUCGUAUUUUCUCACAACAUCACCACCUGUACAAGCAUAUUUUAUACGCCGGCUUUCCAGCUUGGACUCAAUACAGCAUUCUCGCCGUUUUUCAUUCGCA